AGCAAAAGGAGAGAGCGUGUGUGUGUGUGUGUGAAAGCAGCGUUUGGUGAUAAUUGAAAUUGAAAUUGAAGAUGAGGCAAUUCGAUCCCUGGCCGGUUUUCUUCCGGAGAGAGUGGAGGCGCACUUGGCCGUUUCUUGUAGGUUUCGCCGUGGCCGGCACCGUUAUUACGAAGUUCUCACUUGGCCUCACCGAGGAGGAUGCCAAGAACUCUCCCUUCGUCCAGCGUCACCGCAACGCGUGAUAUCUUGCGCUAGCACACCCUUUUAGUCACUUUGCUCGACGCUGAAGUGGAGUGGUUUCUUUCUUUCUUUCUUUGUUUUUCUUUUUCUUUUGGUGUUCUUCGCCAAUUGUAAUAACUAUGAGACAAACACCAAACAGUUUGCUGCUUCCUACCUGAAAAUAUCGGUUGCUAAAACUGUUGAACACUAGAGCUGGAGGGUGUUACUUUUGAUCAAAUAAAUGAACGACUUUCUUCUACCUUUAGAUAAAGACCCAAUGCUGAUUUCAUUAAAGGAGAUGAAGCCUGCAUUAUUUGCUUGCAGUGGGGUGCUAAUGGUGGGCACAGUGCCGAAGAGUUGAUUUGUUUUACAUGGCCUUUUCCGUUAUAAACGGAAAGUGAGCUUGAUAAACACAUUAGCAUACUUUAUGCUGAAUAAUAUAAGCUCCAUAUUUUGCUUCUGA